AACUGUACAUAGGGUGGCUGAACACGUGUAAAUUCGUGAUGCCAUGUAAGGAGUUGUCUCCUUUCUGUGGAGUAUGAACACAGACAAGGGCUGUGGAGGUGUUCCCAAGGGAGUUGGAGAAAGAUGGCCUUUUGAGAUGGAGAUAUCUGGUGAGGAUGAUACUGGGGAUGAGGAGUACUAUUUUGUGAAGAAUCACGAGUUAUUCAGUGGAGUUUCAGACUAUUUCAACAGUGAUAAACUGAGCGAUAUCACACUCAUCGUUGGAAACCAGAGUUUCUCCGCCCACAAGUUUUUAUUGUCCUGCGUCAGUCCCGUCUUCAAACAAAUGUUAGAUAACACAAGCAACUGGGAAGAGAGCAAAGAAUCGACCAUUGUCCUGAAUGAGUUACCCGACUGUGUGGACUCGUUUGAGCUUUUCCUUCAGUUCAUCUACAGCAGACGAGUAUCAAUGAACUCGAACACUGUAAAACCACUGUUUCUCCUCGCUGACAAAUACGCCAUCUCCAGUCUUCAGGAGCUCUGCUCUAACUAUUUUAAACGUCAUUUGUCGGCUGGAACUGUGCUUGAUGUCAUCUCCUUCGCUCAUAAACUUCACAAUCAGGAUCUCUCUGAUAGGUGUCUGAAAUACAUAGCAGAAAAUGCAGAGGAAGUUAUGUACACAGCUGGAUGGAUAGAUUUAGACCAGAGUAUUCUUAUUCUUAUCGUGCAGAGAGACGAUCUACAGCUGUGGAAUGAGAUAGAACUAUUCAGUGCAGUGCUGCGCUGGGUGCUAGCUGAUCCUAAACGGGACGCACUGGUCCCGCAGAUAUUCCACUUGUUGCGCUUUCCUCUUAUCUGCUUCGAGCUGCUCACACACCUAGUGGAACCUAAUGAUAUCUUCCAGAGGUGCCCUGAAAUUCAGUACCUGUUAACCGAAGCUUACAAGUAUCAGCUGCUACCAGAGGAGCAGAGAGAGAAGUAUUUCGCUAAUAACAUCAGAUGUAGACCACGCCAGUAUAACUUUGUGGAGCUCGGCAGAUACGCUUACUGUGUUAAAAACUACUCAAAAAUUAAAAACCUUACACGGUUAAAGACAGAUACCUUCACAACACUGGCUUGUAUGGGAGGACAGCCGGUACCAGCUCCACCGGUACGACCUGACGGCGCACAACCCGAGUACCCAAGAUGGAGCUGGACCCUCUGGGUAGAGCCAAAAGGAGAUGCUGAUAUCGACACAGGCUGCAACCUCUCAGACGACGAAACCCACAAGUUCGGGAUAUUCCUCAUGCCAGUUAACAUUAAGAACACUGAAGCUGAGCAGCGGGAGAUUGACUGCGUGUUUGUGGUGUUUGGACGCGACGCAGACGGACAGCCAAUGGGGCACUCCGUGAGGGAUAGCUACGUUUAUAUGAGUAAUAAUUGUAUUGGAUUCGGGGAACCGGAUUUGUUUCAGAAGGACGAUAAUAAUAGUCAGAGUUAUAUUCACAAUGAUGAGAUUGAUAUAUUGGUACUAAUUGGUUACAGACCCAAGAGAGGCGAGAGGGAGACAGAAGUACAUUCACCCCAAGUUAGUUCUAGUUCCAGAUCCAGCAGUAUGGCUCAGUAGGACUACACAAUGAAACGAAUAUGUGGAUUUAAUUAACACUUGUAAACAGUUAAAUAUAACAUUUAUAAACAGUUAAUUAUAUAAUUUAUGUUACUUGUUCUGUUUCCAUAAAAAGGUUGCUGUUUUGAUGCUAUGACCACAAAUAAACAGCUUAUAUACAUUACUUAUACAUUUGUACAUUAUAGAUAUGGAUAUUGGUAGGGAGGUGAGACAUGUAUCUUUGUAUCAGCUUCCAGCAUUGACCAAUCAAAUCACAGAAUCACUGUCACGUGCCAAAACAACUAUGUUCUACCUCCCCCUCCAUAAAUAUAAUCCACAAUAAUAUUUAACUUAACAUUAUUUGGUCCUUGUUUGGCGUUUGCUCUUGAUUUGUUAUUUUUUUGUAGAUCACAGAGCUCAGAGGUAAGGAAUUGGAAAGGGAAUUAAAUUAUUUUAAAAUCGAUUUUUUGAAAGAAAACGAAUUAAUUUAGUAUUUAUCUUUUCUGUCGAUCGCAAAAAUUAAUUUGUGUGAUUCGUGUUUUGUGAUUUAGUGACUUUUGGAAAUGAUCAUAUUAUUUGAUCCAAAUCUCGCUAAUCACAAACAUUCUUAUUGUGCGGCGAAAUCGAUUGUAUAUUUACAUUUAAAGUGCUAUAUUCAUUUCCCUUUUUUGAAACAUUUUCCAUCAA